CAUAAAAAUGGGUGCUUGGGUGUGUGGGCAAGUCCCAACCUACCAUUGCGUCUCGUAAGUAGCGAACACAGAACUCGGUCACUGACAACUGCACCUCCAUGUUUUCCCUGUUUCAGUAAAAAGAACCCUUAUGCCUCGUUUGGAGCCACCCUGGCGAGGGACGAGGAAAAGAACCUGUGGAGCACCCCUCAUGACAUGUCCCACACGGAAGCGGACGAUGACCGGAUACUGUAUAAUCUGAUUGUCGUUAGGAACCAGCUGGAGAAAGAUUCGGAGGAGUGGCAGAAACUGAACUACGACAUCUACGCCUUGCGGCAAAUCCGCAAGGAAGUGAGGAGCCGCUGGAAGCGCAUUCUGGAAGAGUUGGGGUUUCAGAAGGAAGCAGACUCUCUGUUAUCCGUGACUAAACUUAGCAUCAUCAGUGACUCCCAGAACAUGAGCAAAGCCCGGGAGAUCCUGUUGAAGCUCUGCGAGGAGACAAACAUUUUCCCCAGAAACUGGGAGCUCUCUGAGCGCUAUCUUUUCGUGGUGGAUCGCCUUAUUGCCCUGGACGCUGCGGAGGAGUUCUUUAAGAUGGCCAGCGUCACCUACCCGAAGAGACCCCCUGCCGCGAGAGCAGAAGAAAUGCAGCACAUCCUUGCUCCAUCGCCCUGAAGAGACUGGAGAGGUGCCGAGCUCCUUGCCCUCGUGGGAGCUGGCUAGCUCACUUGCUGAGCCACACUGACACAAUGUGAUUUCUUUCCUUCAGAGGAGACCAGGGGCUGUGCAAGAGGAGAGGGUGCAAGCAAAAUGACUUUCUCGUGCACAAGGGUGGCCAGUCACAGGGGACCAAACGGGUGGGCCUGGAUGCAGGGGGAAAGGCGCAAGUGCUGGUAGGAACCGGAGUCCUGUGGGUAGACGAACAGACCAGCUGUGGCACAGAUGGAAAUUCUUCUGUCACUGAAGUAAGUCCACCUUUCUAAGAGGCAGUAGCUAGGUUGGUCAAAGAAUUCUUCAAUCUGGUGGCUACACCAUGGCUCCAGUCAACUUCAUGUUGAAGCAAAGAUACGGGGGGGGGGGCUGGGGAGGAGGCAGCCCAUGACUUUGUGUUCCCUACGUUGUCCUUCAUAGUCAGAAGAACCCAUGAUAGGCUCCUUUGAAAGCGGCCGUUGCCUAGACACGUAUUAAAACUUUCUCCAUGGGGCUCUCAUCCCUCCACCGAAAUGUACUGCGCGGUGCAUUAUGUAAAUGAGACUUUCUUCCGCCAUGCAGCCAAGGCAAGGCGUCCCUCAGUAGGCAGCAAGCGAGGGGGAAUGUCUGCGUGAUGUAGUUGUCUGAGACACGGCUAACACGUGUCAGAGGAUGUGGUUCGACUCCGUCCCAUUUCCCUGCUGGUGCUGCAUGACGAGAACAUUCCAUCCCUUAUUUAUUCAGCCCGGGAGUUACUCCUCGCAGGGAGCAGCAGAUCAAGCCCUGCUCCUCCCGGAGCCUCUUCACCCUCCUGAGACUGGAAACUGGUUGUUCCAGACUGAGCGCUAAGUCCUGCACGAGGCUAGUGCUGAGAUGAAGGAUGCGUCUCGCGCACGUCGCUCCCAGGGAGAGUCUGGUCUGACGACCUGUUUUGCAAAGCAUGUGAGACACUGGGUUGUUGAAAUCUUUUCACUGGAUCUCGAUCCACAAAUCGACCAACGCCUUCCCAAAGUGACUCGUGAUUUUGGGGAUGCCUCCAUCGGCUGGUGCUCACCUCGACACGUUAAAGGAAGCUGGCUUUCAGGGUGUCCUAAGCACUCAGUUGUGAAGGGCCGGCUGCUUUAACGCAUUGCAGGUGGGGCACCCAAAAUCACUAGCUGCUUUUGGAGAACGUUGGUCGUCCUAACUGCAUUAUGUGAAAUGGAAAAAAGAGGAGUGUGCCGUACCAAAAAAAAAAAAAGUAUGCUGUUCUAAAGCUUUGGGUCAUGCGAUUUUUAAUAACAACCCUUCACGUGUUCACCUUGCUCUUUUAUCUGGUAAGAAGCAAUAA